AUGGGAAAGGCUACUGUAUACCUCGAUAUUAGCAUCGGAAACAAAGCGGGGGGGAGGCUCGUCUUCGAGCUCUUCACGGAUAUCACCCCCAAAGCAGCUGAGAACUUCCGAGGCCUCUGCACUGGCGAGUACGGCCUGUCCGGGCGCACUGGCAAACCCCUGCACUACUUGGGGACUUCUUUCUUCAGAGUGGUCCCAGGCGUCCUCAUCCAGGGUGGAGACAUCCAGAAUGACGACGGCACUGGCGGCGAGUGCGUCUGGGGAGGAACGUUUCGAGAUGAGAACUUCGUUCGCCGACACGCGCAAGCUGGUUGCUUGGCGAUGGCGAACAACGGCCGGCACACGAACGGCAGCCAGUUCUACAUCACGCUGAAGAAGGCUUCAUCCUUGGACAACAGACACGUCGUCAUUGGACAGUUGAUCGACGGCAUGGAGCUGUUGCGAGCGAUGCAACUCGUGCCGACAGACCCGAAGACUGGAAAGCCGAAAGUUCCCGUCGUGGUUGCGGGAUGCGGUGAAAUGGGCGUCGCUGUCAGGCGCCUGGACGCAAUGAGUACGACGCGUAUGCAGCUUAACGACAUGAUGGAAAAGCAUGUGAAGGAACAACUGAAGAAGCAGGAGGAAGCCCAUAAGAUCGUCGUCGCCGACGCGCAGCUUCUUCUCGGGCUGCCUCUCUCACGCGUUGCCUCUGCGCGCCGGCUCUUUGUCUCGCCUGCAGAUAGCGACACCGACGGGAGCAGCAGCAGCGGCAGCAGCGAGAACGAGACAGCUGAGCACCGUCGGAGGCGACAGCGGCUGAAGCGCAAGAAGCAACGCUAUCUGAAGAGCGCCUUGUUCAAAGGCGAAGCCUUGUUGAAGCAAAUCCAGCAGGAGGCGGCGCACGAGUUGAAGGACAAGUACGCAGGUUUGUUGGUGGACGACAGAAAAGAGGAAGCCCUCGCGGAGGACGAGAGCGACUCGGAGAAGGCGGGGCCUGCGGCGAAGGCAAGCGCGAGCGGGGCCAAAGCAACUGGCAAAGAGAGAGAGGACGAAGAGACAGGAAGCGAGGGAGAGGAGGACACGUCUUCAAAUCGACGCGGCAGAGACUCAGCGAGGCAAGAAGAGAUCGACGUCAUGCUUUUCGGGGACGGAGACGACAGUGACGAGAGCGAUGGCAGCAAGGACGAAGAUUCCGACGACGAGGAACAAAAACGAAGGGUUCUUGCGCUGCGAAUGAAAAUCAAUGAAGGACGAAAACUGAACAACAAGGAAGUUCUGGAGGAGAAGCGCAUUUGGCACGAUCCUCAGUACGAGAAGAAGAAGGCAGAGGCUCUCGUCCAUUCGGUCUUGAGGCAGCUGCACGGGGAAGACGAGAGCAAGAAGAAGGACAAAGGGAAGAAGAAGGGCGAGAGCGAAGACGAAGACGCAGAGGAAUCCCGCUUGCGGAGAGGCUACAUGAACGAGGCCGCCGCGCUGGUUGCAGACAAAAAACUCAAGGAAGAAAAGCGCGGGCAAAAGACCUUCGGCUGGAACGUGUUCAACCAAGACGCCUUAUACAGAGCCCACAAAAAGCGGCUGGCCGAGGUUUCUUUCAAGGAAGAGGAGUACCGAAAACAGAAGGAGGCCCUUGGAGACGUUUUCUACGACCCUGCUUCAGCUCUUGUCGCCUCUGAUUUCAAGGCCUCGGAAGCCGCCAAGGACCGCCUGGUCAACAGCAUCGAGAAUGCGCAGAAACGCCGCAAGAACUUCAGCAGGAGAAGAGUCUUCGACGAAAGCGACAACGUGACUUACAUCAACGAGAGGAACAGGAUCUACAACGAGAAAAUCGAGAGGGCCUUCGGUGAGAGCUCUCUGGAGAUCCGCCAGAAUCUGGAGCGUGGCACAGCUCUCUAA